CUGAUAUCACCCUCGCCCCUCGCCUUGUUGAUGCCACCGGCCCUGGACCGGCUCCUCGCAAGCCCGUCCGCCCUGCGACUCCUGCGCUCCAUUGUCAAUGCCCCCGAACUUCCUCUGGCUUGUUCCGCAGCCACAAAGUGCUGUCUUUCAAUCGCACCCCGCCGCAACCAUUCAAACCAUACGGCACACCGGUCAGGCCCUCUGGGAAAGCAGAAAUGGAGACGUAUGAAGGAUGCCGACAGGGAAGCUGUGUUACGGAAGCAAGUGCUCAAAGCACUUCAAAAUGACGAUGCCAACGACGCCAUCAAGCCCACAAUCGACGUCUUUGAAACCCACGCCAUACCUUUAGCCAAACGCGAGGAUGAACCUUCUCGGCUUGCCGCGAUCCUUUCACACGAGGAGAGACUCAAUGGCGCCGAGGGCGUUCGCAAUGUCUGGCGAAGCAUUCGUUACCGCGGCUACCGACUACCCACCGAGGACACGCCAGACGCCGAGUUCCUGUGGGGGACUUUCGUUAAGCACCAUCUGGUUAUAAAAAAAGCUCUGGAGUAUGCGGAAGACUUACUUCGCGAGACGGGUAAGGUGUAUCCGCGUCUGUACGACGUAGUCAUGAGCCAUUGGCUUCCAAGGGACCCAAAGACGGCUUUGGGAUAUCACUAUGCGCUGGUGAAAAGCCUGAAACUCAAGAAAAUCCAUCUGCGCGCUGUGGCGCAUUCAGGUCGCCUUUCUUUCAAGAAACCUUCUUACGACGUGUUGAUGGAGAUAUAUAAGCAGAGUAACGAACGGGAUCUUUACGACGAAGUGGUACCACCAUUAAUCGAAGCAGGCGCCAUGGCGAGGGCACGCCAAUGGCACAUGCUUUGUACUUCGCGCCAUGAUAUGCCAUCAGAGAGCGUUGCAUCACGCCCUGUCGUUCGACUCUUUACUGCGGAAGCCAUAGCCCAUAACGUACAUGUCGAUGUGACAGGCACGAGGAAGAUUCUCAACAAUGAAACGAUCAAGUACAACGAAAAGCUCAUGCGUCGCCUAUCAGGCCCUGACAAUGCACCAGUUCGGUUUGAGGAUGCUUUUGUUGCUCGCAUGUUCGCAACACGCACCUUUCCGCCACCUUCCAUUAUACACGGGCUUGCCAUGGUGGGCGUAAAUGAAAUCGGGCCCCAGGCUGUGCUCACAAUGGCUAGACAGACAGAGCCAAUAGAAGACCUGAAAAUCAGGUUUGAAGAGCUCCGAGCCGCGGGCAUUGCUUUGCAGGGCUGCGUCUUUUCUUUAGCCCUGGAACAGUUUGUUGCGCAGCAGAAGUGGGAGUUGGUGCGCAGUAUGAUAGAAAGCGACCAGCAUCCGGACGUAUUUGGCGAUGCUGAGGUGCAGCGGACACUGCUCGAUUUCUACAUUGAGCAGGGCGAUCAAUUGCAAGCUCAGCGCACCCUAGCCAUCCUGACUCUUUUCCAUAACGACCCCAGUCGAGAGUCGUGGAAUUUGCUUUUACAGGCCUGCAUUAAACGCACCGGGCCAGGGUACGUUAUGGGAGUGCUUCAAGAUAUGCAUGCUAAAAACAUCAUGUUGACGCCAGAGUCAAUCGCGGCUAUCAAAGGUCUACUACGUCGUCGAAAAAGAGGGCACAAACCUAUCGCUCUUUCUCACAAGACGUAUGAUGACCUUCGCUUCGUAACACGUGCCUUUAUGAUGAUACUCCAGAUGGGCAUUGGGGCAAUCUCUCCGCUCCAUUGGCGCGAGAUCAUUCGCCGAUUUGGAAAAGAGGGCAGACUCAGAGAGCUAAGGCGUCUUCUGCUCUGGCUGCUGUGUUGGUACGCGCCUAGGAGCCGCUUGCAGUUCGGGACCUUACCAAAGUCGCCUUUCCGAGACUCGGCAACUUCAAAGCUGCGUGCUCAUCAUCCAGAGCCCAACCGCUACUUCAAUUUCCCUGGCACGGUCCUGCAACAGGAAAACAAGCUUCAUCCCAUGCGACAAAUCUUCCCACCCUCACUCAUACAGGGACUCAUCAGAUGGGGCUUUAGAGCCGGGCUACUCCCGAAUGCUUCCCUGGAACAAAGCAUGCUCAAUUCUAAACUCGCAAAGAAACAUUACCGCCGCCGCUUGCUCGACAGCCGCGUGCUUAAUCCCCUUGACUGGAACAUCGGUCUUCGAAUCGUAGUACAGCUGCGCGACCUCGGAGUCUAUGUGCACCGGCACACGGUCGUCAAAGUCCUGCAGGAGCAAUUCGUCAUCAUGUUCGGUCGAGGGCGAUCGCGGAUCAAAGAAAACCGCAUCAUGGAGAGAACCAACACGCGGCCGUACGCUCAAUACGUGCACGAGGUGAAUAAGAUGUGGGGCAGCCCACUCUUCAAAGAGCCUCAGCUCUUUGCUUCAGGUAUGCUGCAUCACCACAUGUGGCAUCCGCGUAUGCGGCGGAAAAUCAAUCGCAGGGCUUCCAUCAAUCUCGUCGAUGUGCUGGGUCCGGGCUGGCGAGAGAGACACAAGGAGUGGCAAGCGGAGACGUUGGACAAUGCAGCGAAAGAUGAUGUCGCCGAGACUCUGGGUCAUUUGCAAGACACAUUUGCAGCGCAGGCCAAGGCGCUUGAUGGAGGCGCAGAAGCUAUUACUGGGUCUUCUGCAACGACCAUGGAUGAGUUGGAUGAAAUGCAUCAGGGUAGUGAAGGGGCUCCGCGUGUGAAAAAGGUCAUGAAGUGA